GUGCCCACGCCACUUUUAGCUUCUUCUCCAUCUUCGUUGUUUUGUUGACACUCAAAACGUCUUCCUUUGUUUAAAAUGAAGCCGUCAACUAGUAAUCAGGCUGUACGAUCUCCACUUAUCACAACAUCACCCAAAAAAGAUGUCAAGGGACCCUCAGGAACACAGAGUGCUCCUGUGGGAGGAGCAACACCAAAAUCUUUUCUUGGGAAUUGGCAGGAGGAAACGGACCAUUCUCAAGGCAGUGCAGAUUUCGCAAAACUCAUUCACAAAAGUUAUCUCUCUGAUAAAGAAAAGAUUCUGGUGGAUGCUCUUACGGAGUAUAAACGUGUCGGGUAUAAAAGAACUCUUUUCAAAAUAUUUCUCAUGAUCUGCGUUUGCAUAUUUUUACUGGUUUUCACAGUGGUCUCAAUUGGAUGUUGGUCUGAACACUUGGAACUUAUCGAGCAUUUAGGAGUAUAUGAUGAACGAUAUGUUAGGACACGAAAGAGAAAUCAAAGUGAAUUGAUUCUUGAUUGCCCAAUGAUGGGGUUCAUAGGAAGCUUAUAUUCGCCACAAAGUUCAACUGUCGAUUUGUUUGGCAAAAUUAUUUCGAUUAUUUCGAUUAGGAAAUUGAUUCAGCUCAUAAUCCGUCUUAUUCGAAGUAUUCGUCUGAAAACAACAACAGAGGCAGAAGCUCGAAAGCAUGUCGAUGAAACUCAAAAAGAUCUGAACGGUCUCGCCGAGUCGAUAAUUGAAACUUUGUGUGAAGUCUAGGUCGAAUGAGCAAUGAACAUUUACAUUUUG